AUAUAAUUUUUAUUUUUUGGUAGGUGCAUAGACCUAACGUCUCAGUCUUGCACAAGCCAUGCUGCGUGUGUUGAUACUGGGUCAGAACAAUAUGUAAUAAGAUGGUGGUGGAUCAGAGCAGAUGAGGAGUUUUGACUUUGGAAAAGGAAUGAGAGGGAUGAGAGGUGGCGGAAUAAUGGCAAGCAAGAACCUCCGGUUGCUCUUGUUUCUGGUUCUCUUCUGUUCUUGGAUUCAUUUGAUUUGUUCUACUACAAACGCAAAUGACCAAACCAUUCUUUUAGCCCUGAAAGCCCAGUGGCAGAACACACCAUCCAGCUGGGGCAAGUCCAAUGAUCCUUGUGGACACCUCUGGGAUGGAGUCACCUGUGAUGGUAAUUCAAGAGUGACCCAACUGGGGUUAUCUGGCAUGGAUAUCAAAGGGCCGCUGCCAUCCGACAUAGGGGGGCUCACAGAACUCACUUCCUUGGAUCUUUCCUUAAACAGCGGUCUCACCGGACCGAUCCCUUUGCAGUUGGGAAGUCUACAGAAGUUGACUAUCUUAAUGUUGGCUGAAUGCAGCUUCACUGGUAGUAUUCCUGAUGAACUGGGCAACCUUUCGGAGCUGACUUUCUUGGCGCUAAAUUCCAACAAUUUCAGUGGUAAUAUACCUGCUUCUUUGGGUAAAGUCUCCCACCUCUACUGGUUUGACGUGUCAGAUAAUCAGUUAACCGGAUCGCUACCAGUUUCAACGGGCACCACCCCAGGGUUGGACCUUUUGUUCAAUUGUAGUCACUUCCACUUCAGCAAGAACCAACUGUCUGGCACUGUACCAGAUAAAUUGUUCAGUUCAAAUAUGCCUCUGAUACAUAUACUAUUUGACGAUAACCGAUUUAAUGGUUCUAUACCAUCCACAUUAGGCCUUGUUCAGACCCUCGAGGCUCUCCGACUCGAUAGGAACUCCUUUUCUGGAAACGUCCCUUCAACUCUCAACAACCUUACAAAACUCAGUGAGCUGAAUUUAGCAUAUAAUGAAUUGAGUGGCCCUUUGCCGAACUUAACAGGGAUGAGUUUACUCAGUUACAUUGACCUCAGCAAGAACUCUUUUGCGGCUUCGGCAGCUCCAGAUUGGUUCUCAACUUUAUCAUCUCUCACCACUCUAAUCAUACAAUAUGGACCACUUCAAGGGGUUGUACCACCAAACCUCUUCAGCCUUCCCCAGCUACAGCAAGUUGAUAUGAGUAACAAUGCUUUCAACGGAACAUUGAACGUGAGUACCAGCAUCAAUACCCAGUUGCAGAUUGUUAAUCUGAAAGAUAACCAGAUUAGUUCGCUGACGACCAGUCCCUACCAGAAUGUGUUAAUACUAGUGGGAAACCCGGUAUGUAAUGGGUCUGUUCUCUCAACCACGAGCUACUGCAAAGUUCAGCAGCAGCAAACUUAUUCUACCCCAACCAACUGCGGAGGUUCAUCAUGUCCCUCCAAUCAGAGACUUAACCCCGGAAGCUGCACAUGUGCAGUUCCGUACGUUGGAACAUUGACAUUCAAAGCUCCAUCGUUCAGCGAUUUGUCCAAUGCGGCACUGUUUCAAUCGUUGGAACUAGACCUGUGGCAGACAUUGAACCUUACUAACGGUUCAGUUUUUCUUCAGAAUAUCGACUUUGAUCCAAACAGUGGCUAUCUUUUAGUACCUGUGUCUUUCUUUCCAUCUAACGGGACGUACUUCAGCAAGUCAGACAUUCAGAGGAUUGGAUUCGAUUUGAUUAAGCAAAAUUUUAAGCCGCCCCAUUUCGGUACCUAUCUCUUCAGCGCACUUGCUUAUCCAUUCCCAGGUAACAAAGUAAGCAUCAGCAAAGGAGCCCUAGCAGGGAUUGCCGUUGGCUGUGCAGUCCUGGUUCUUGUACUUGUGGGGUUAGCAAUUUACGCUAUUCAACAGAAGAAACGAGCACAAAGAGCAAUUGAAUUGAGCAAACCAUUUGCAUCCUGGAUACCGAGGGGAAGUGAUGAUGGAGGAGCACCACAGUUGAAGGGGGCGAGGUGGUUCUACUUCGACGAAAUCAAGAAGUGCACCAACAGUUUUUCUGAAAGUAAUGAGAUAGGCUCCGGGGGCUAUGGAAAGGUCUACAAAGGAAUGCUUCCCGAUGGCCAAGUGACGGCAAUUAAAAGAGCUCAGCAGGGGUCGAUGCAGGGCGCGCAUGAAUUCAAGACAGAAAUCGAGCUACUUUCUAGAGUCCAUCACAAGAAUCUCGUCAGCCUCAUCGGCUUCUGUUAUGAACAAGGAGAGCAGAUGUUGGUCUAUGAAUAUAUGCCUAAUGGGACAAUCAGGGAGAGCUUGUCGGGGAAAACUGGCAUACAUCUUGAUUGGAAGAGGAGGCUGCAGGUUGCUCUCGGCUCUGCGAAAGGACUGGCAUAUCUGCAUGAGCUCGCGAAUCCCCCGAUCAUUCACAGAGACGUUAAGUCCACAAAUAUCUUGUUGGAUGACAACCUCGUGGCUAAAGUCGCGGACUUCGGCUUGUCCAAAAUGGUGGCAGACAGCGAGAAAGGACAUGUUUCAACACAAGUCAAGGGCACGCUGGGCUACUUGGAUCCGGAGUACUACAUGACCCAGCAACUAACAGAUAGGAGCGACGUCUACAGUUUCGGGGUCGUGAUGCUCGAACUGAUAACCUCGAAGCCGCCGAUCGAAAAGGGCAAGUACGUCGUCCGAGAAAUCCGCACGGCGAUGGACAAAAACGACCGAGACUACUACGGACUAGCGCAAGUCAUGGAUCCGUCCCUUCGCAAAGCGGGGCGCCUAGCGGGGUUCGCUCAGUUCCUGGAGCUGGCAAUGCGGUGCGUGGAGGAAUCAUCCACCAACCGCCCCAGGAUGAACGAAGUCGUGAAGGAAAUCGAGACGAUCCUGCAGAUGGACGGGACCGUCACGGGCCUGACGUCCGCGUCCUCGUCCGCCACGGACUUUGGAGGACCAAACAUUGGUGGUCCUAGACAACCUUUGUACACGGACGUUUCGCUCAAUAGCAAGGAUGUCGGCUACAGCAAUUCGUUCGAUUACAGCGGCGGGUACGCGCAUUCGGCGAAGAUCGAACCGAAGUGACCGCGGAUCGCGCGAGUCGCUUGCUUGUUCCUUUCUUUUUUUUGGUUCAAUGUUCAAUUACUUCUUGGUGCAUCAGGCCCUUCUUUGAGGGUAAUGCAACUUAUUUUGACAUUCUCAUGAUGCAUGAAUACAUGCUUAUUACAGGUUAUGUAA